AGAAGAGGAAAAUAGAAGAAAGGAUAAGCAUCUGUUUGUGUCGCUCUCCGUUGGCUAAGCCAAGCUACACUCGUGUUAUCCAUGGCAGCGUCCCCGCUCUUUCUAUCUUCAACCUCUGCCCUGCGUUUCCCUUCUUCCCCAUUCAAGGGAAAUGUCAGCAACUUGAGACCAAGUUCAUGUUCGAUCCCCUCGCUCAAGACGACCAUAAUCCCGAGAAGACCGCUGGUCAUUGUCAGCAAGGCGGCCGAUACCGCAGUCGGGGCUCCGGUUGGGAAUGUCCGGUUCAGGCUGAACAACUUGGGCCCGCAACCCGGGUCCAGAAAGAAGGGCAAGAGAAAGGGGAGAGGUAUUGCAGCUGGCCAAGGCAACAGCUGCGGGUUCGGUAUGAGGGGUCAGAAGUCCCGGUCCGGACCGGGCGUCCGGCCUGGGUUUGAAGGUGGACAGAUGCCGCUCUACCGUCGAAUUCCGAAGCUUAAGGGAAUUGCUGGAGGGAUGCAAAAGGGGCUGCCUAAAUAUGUGCCGGUGAACUUGAAAGACAUAGAAGAUGCCGGGUUUCAAGAAGGAGAGGAAGUUUCGUUGGAGAGUUUGAAGGAGAAGGGGUUGAUCAACCCGUCGGGCAGGGAGAGGAAACUCCCUCUGAAGAUUCUCGGUGAUGGGGAACUUAAAGUGAAGCUGAAUUUCAAAGCUCGGGCCUUUUCUGCAGCAGCCAAGGAGAAGCUUGAGGCUGCUGGUUGUGAUCUGACUGUGCUGCCUGGCCGGAAGAAGUGGGUAAAGCCAUCAGUUGCAAAGAACAUUGCCCGUGCUGAUGAGUACUUCGCCAAGAAGAGAGCAGCAGCAGCAGCAGCUGCUGAAUGAGACUCUUAGCUCACCUGUUUUCAGUUCCUUGUCCUAUGCCACUCACAUUUUAGGGCCAUUCAUGCAUGAUGUCUGUGUAAUGUACAAGUAGGAUUUUUAAUUGUGAAGCAUCAUUAUUGUUUGCAUCCCUAACAAGGAAUCAUUUUAGGAUUAUAUAUUUAUGAUAUCUUUGCUGA